AUAAUAGAAGAAGAUAAUAGACUUAUGAGCAUACGCAGUGGAGAAAAUGACCAUAUGUGAUCAAGGAACCUAAUAUUUGUAUUACAAAAAAUCGGAGGCAGUCCUUUUCGUCUGUGGAUAUAACUGGAGUGAGGUGUGAAAGAUGGCUGUUGAAGAAUACGUUUCCAAAACACUUGAGCUUCUCCAGGAGGAGAGGGAAGCAGAAAUAGAGGAGACGAGGUUAUGGCAGGAAAACGUCUCACCAAAGGAUCUUCAAAAUAAAGGAGUUUGCCUGCUGAAACUGCAGAUUGGAAGUCAGUCCACAGGCUUGUACGGUCGCACAGUCGUCAUACUAGAGCCAAGAAAGCAUCUCGGUUUCUCAACUCUACCGAGCAACAGCUUUGGACCUGGUGAUAUAGUUGGCUUGUACGACGCUGGUGGGUGCACUGCUGCCUCUCAGAUUGCCACAGGGAUAGUGACAAGAGUCAGUCAAACAUCUAUCAAUGUCGCCUUUGAUGAUUUCAAAGAUGGACUAAUUAUUGAUACUGAUGGUCUUUACACUCUUCUUAAAUUAGCAAAUGAUGUGACCUACAAACGAAUGAAAAAUGCCUUGAAUCUGUUAAAAAGUUACAACAAUGGACCAGCAGCUAAUCUGAUCAGUGUUCUUUUUGGAGAUGCAAAACCAUCAACUCAGUCAAAACCAAGUGAGAUUGGAUUCUUUAACCCAAACUUGGAUGACUCCCAAAGAGAUGCAGUUUCGUUUGCUUUGUCUCAGAGAGAACUGGCAAUCAUCCAUGGACCUCCAGGAACGGGCAAAACCACAACAGUGGUGGAAAUUAUUCUUCAAACAGUCAAACAAGGCCAUAAGGUGCUGUGCUGUGCGCCCUCUAAUGUGGCUGUGGAUAAUUUAGUGGAGAGGUUAGCCCGGUGCAAGGCCAAAGUCCUGAGGCUGGGUCACCCUGCCAGGCUGCUGGAGUCCAUCCAGAAACAUUCACUGGAUGCCAUCCUCUCUCAAAGUGACAAUGCAACUAUCAUCACGGAUAUACGCAAGGACAUUGACACAGCUUUUAUUAAAAUGAAGAAGGUGCGAGAAAAAAGUGACCGGGGGAACUUCAGAAGAGAAAUAGCAGAGCUGAGAAAAGAGCUGAAGACCAGAGAAGCAACCGCCAUUACCCAGAUCCUGAAAAGUGCUGACGUAGUGUUAUCAACCAACACUGGUGCUUGUAAUGAUGGCCCCCUGAAGCUGCUGCCAGUGGAGCAUUUUGAUUGUGUGGUUGUUGAUGAAUGUGCUCAGGCUCUGGAGAGCAGCUGCUGGAUUUCCCUCCUCCGAGCUCGCAAGUGUAUUCUGGCCGGUGACUACAAGCAGCUACCACCAACAAUCAAAUCACAUGUCGCCGCGUCAAAAGGCUUAUCUGUCAGUCUCAUGGAGAGACUUAUCCAGAUGUAUGGGGACUCAGUGGUUCGUAUGCUGACAGUGCAGUACCGCAUGAACAGUGCCAUCAUGGAGUGGGCGUCCAAAGAAAUGUACCAGGGAAGACUGACUGCACACGAGUCUGUGGAGAAACAUUUAUUAAAAGACUUACCUGGAGUUACCUGUGUUGAAGAAACAAACACACCGCUGCUUCUGAUUGACACUGCAGGCUGUGGUCUGAAUGAGAUGGAGGUCGCAGAAGAGCAGUCCAAAGGCAAUAAAGGUGAGGUAGACAUUGUUGAUUUGCACAUAAUGGCCUUGACAGAAGCUGGAAUCAAAGCCAAAGACAUUGCAGUUAUUGCACCCUACAAUUUGCAAGUUGAUCUCCUGCGUCAGAAACUGUCCAUGAAGCAUCCAGAGCUGGAGAUUAAGUCAGUUGAUGGGUUUCAGGGCAGAGAGAAGGAGGCUGUGGUUUUGUCAAUGGUUCGAUCCAACAGAAAAGGUGAAGUGGGUUUCCUGGCUGAGGACAGGAGAUUAAACGUGGCAGUGACGCGGGCGAGGCGCCACAUUGCUGUGGUGUGCGACUCACAAACGAUAAAAAACCAUGCUUUCUUAAAGUCCCUGGUCGAUCACAUAACUGAGUUUGGUGAGACAAGAACAGCCUUUGAGUACAUCCAGGACAUUGUGCCACAGAACUACACCAGAGACCACAAGGACACAAAUGUCAGCGUGUCUGCCGGCAGCUCCACAUCUGUUAAACAAGUUCUCCAGCCUUCAAGCAAGAAGAAAGAGGCACAUAAAACGUCUACCAACAACAGCAAAGAAAACACUGCUAAUAGAGAGAAGAACACCAAACCCUGCACACAAGCAGAGAUGGAACAGAGCAAGAACAGAUACACUGAGAUCCAAGAAAGGGUGAAGAGCUUUUUGAAGGACCCCAAUCAGAAUCAUCUUCAAUUCCCAUCUUCUUUUAAUUCCCAUGACCGCUUGCUGGUCCACCAGAUUGCUGAGGAGAUGGGCCUCAUGCAUGAGAGCACAGGUGAAGGCAAGGACAGGUGCACCACUGUCUCCAGGCCUCAGCAGUCAGCACCAGCUGAAGGAACCUCACCAACAGAGGAAAUAGAAGAGGAAAAGAAGGAAGAGCCAGAGAAACGAGAAGAGACCGUGGAGGCCCUGAACCAUCAUACCUUGGAUUUGAAGAGUUUACAUUUGGAAAGAAUGAGGAGGGAGCAACAGAAGAGGGAAGAAAAUGCUCAACAGAAGAAGCACAACGUUAAUCUCCUACCAACUCAGACACAGUCACUCAAGAAGACAAAAGGAAAGAGUCGAACAAAGGCAGGUGCCUGUGACAUCGCCGCCGCUGCUGCUCCUGAAGACGACUUUGAUGCUCUCAUUGAUGCUGUGAAGAAGGCUGAGAGUGUUUGCAGCUUUGUCAAGUGCAAAGCGUCUGUACUAACCUUAGGACAGCUUUGCAUCUUUUGCAACAGACAGUACUGUCUCAGUCAUCACGUACCAGAGGUUCAUGGCUGUGGAGAAAAAGCCAAGUCCCAUGCCCGGAUGAGAAUAAGUAAAGAAGGCGUUCUUUAUGCCGGCAGUGGAAAGAAGGAUAAAUCCAUGGAUGCAAAUAAAAAAGCUUAUCUACAACGAAAACUGGAUUCAAAACUGAAAGACAUGGCAACACAAAGAAAACCUAGGAAUAAAGACAACAGUUAGUGUCAACAAAUCCACACUGUAACAGAUUAUUAAAUAUAAGUGUCUGCAG